AAAUUAUCACAUAAUUUUAUGUUUUUGUGAUGGCAGCGCAAAAAAACAUAUUUCGCUAAAUUUGUAAUCAGUUUGGCAUCUGAAUUUUCGUGCUAGACGUAAUCAAAUUUUCCUGCUUUUACUAGUGCAAGUUAAACCGUAUUGCGUGUAUCCUUGAUGCUGACAAGAAACCAUGGGAAUAUGUAUUAAGAAUAGAUCAGGCUAAUUUCGUGCAUUUUUGGCGUUUUUUCUAUGAAUGGUGGAAGCAGUAUUAGGAUUAUAUCAACCGAUAAAUUAUGAUGGAAGAUCCAUUUUUCGUAGUAAAAGACGAAGUAUUCAAGGCACUUAACAAGACACGUGGAUUAUAUCUCCGGUGGCGCGAACUCAAUGAUGCACAGUCGAGUGAUACCACAGCAGAGGCUGAUUGGACCACUACUGAACUAAAAAACUCAUUGAGAAGUAUUGAAUGGGACUUGGAAGACCUAGAAGACACAAUAAGCAUUGUAGAGAAGAAUCCUAAUAAAUUUAAAAUUGACAACAAGGAGCUGUCUAGCAGACGGCAUUUCAUCGACGCAACUCGUAAUGAGGUCAAAUCGAUGAAAGAUCGCAUGAGUAUCAACCGUAACCGCGACCGGGACAUUACUGCGAGGCAACCUUUACUGGAUAAUAGCACUAACGGUUCACCGAAUAAUCAAGUUAAUAAAAAUUUUAUCAACAACAAUUGCAUUAUUGGUACAGGCAGUAACGGGACGCACAUUGGCAGUGGCAUAGGCUGCCAUUUAAACAAUAACAACCUUAACUUAACUGGUACCGGGAAACAACUAAUUAGUUCUGCUGGAGCAGCAAUGGCCGCAUCACGACAUAGUGGGGCCAAGUAUUCUAAAUUGGAAAACAAUUUGGACGACAGCCCAACACAUUAUGCUCCAUCCUCGUCCGCAGUAUUGGACAGCGGAUCGAGUCGGUUUCUCGAAGAUACGCUCGUUACACAGCAGAGAAUAUUGGCCACACAGGAUGAACAGCUAGACGUGAUAAGUGAUUCGAUUGGCACGUUGAAAACAGUAUCCCGUCAGAUUGGAAUCGAACUAGAUGAACAGGCAGUGAUGUUGGAUGAAUUUGGAAACGAGCUUGAACAAACUGAGUCAAAAUUAGAUUCCACUAUGAAGAAAAUGGCCAAAGUACUGCACAUGACAAACGACCGUCGCCAAUGGAUGGCAAUAGUAGUCCUCUCAAUCGCACUGGUUGUUGUGAUAAUAUUCUACAUUAUUCUUUAGAUUGGUAUGAUCAAAUAUGCACGACUUUCGAGUUCUUAGAAAAAAUCCAAACAAAAAAGUAAAAUAUAAUUAUAGAAAAGAUGCAGCAAAAAAGAAUUAUUUUUCAUAACUAAUAGACACAUCCAAAGGCUAAUGUUAUAUGCAUUGAUUUCUAGCUUUCAAAUGAAUAGUUUUGUUGUAAUACUGUAAAAAAAUGAGUUUAGGAUUUGCGUAAAGGGCUGCGAAAGUAACAAGUGUGUACGGCCAUCCAUUUCUGGAUUCAUGCCUUGUUUCAGGUUCGAAAUAUUACACCCCUUGCGUUGUGUAAAUGGAUAUUGCAAGCAAUGUAAAUUAUCGCAUGGUUUGUAGCGUAGAAGUUCUUAGUCAGUAAAUCACCAGAACAUAAGAAAGCCGAAUGUACAUAUACGAUGAAUGUAGUAAGUUUAUGUAGGUCACAUACAUAUGUAUGGUUAAAAUGUUCGACGGUAACAUUCACAAUAGAAUUUUAAUUUGAUUAUCAGCGAUAAACCUAAUGUGGGCACUGUGAAAUUCCUGUAAACAGCAUUUGAAUUUACAUAUUUAGAUUUCCACUGAAAGGGAUAACCGUUUCAAAUUUUAGUCUGGUUUUUGGAUCGUGUGCUCUUUUUAAUACCUACUUACUGAUCCAUCCAGUGAUCAAACUAUACCUAUUCCAUAACUAGUCUGACAAAGAUUUAUUCUUAGAUUAUUUUUCGUUUUUUUUUUGUUACCUAUAUUAUAUUUAGCUUAAGGUCAGUCAAAGGAGGAAAAAAGUUAAGUGAAAUAACCUGUAUUAAUUCAAUCUUAACCACAUUUGAAAAUAGAAUUAUCAAAGUAAACAGAGAUCGAAUUUUAGUAUUUACUUUCCUUGAAAUUUAAAGACUAAAAAAUAUAGAAUACACG